AUGACUCUUUGCAUCAUGUCUCCAUCCUGCAUGUGGUCCGCUCAACAGCAGCAACAGCAGCAGCAGCAGCAACAGCAACAGGAACAGCAGCAUCCCGGCCGGUACCCCCACCAGCACCAGCAGCAGCGCCGCUCCCCUCAACCGGACCCUUCGUUAUCCCAACAAUCGUACCCGUCUCCCCCUUUAGAGUCACUCACUCAGCCCAUCGGGUUUCCCGCUGCGAUAGAAGCAGCUUUUUUUGUAGCACAGGCUCUAGGGGCGCCACCACCAGUAGUAGUGAGGAAGCCGAGGAAGGGAGAUAUGGCGACACCGGGAGGAGGGGAUGCUGAGUCAGCAGACCCGUUGACCAAUCAGCUCGCAGGAAUGUCCAAGCAGCAACUAUAUGACCUGCUGGCGCAGAUGAAGGUGCUGAUUCAGACCAACCGGUCACAAGCACGCGCAAUUCUGGUGGAGAACCCUCAACUGGCCAAAGGCCUGUUUCAAGCCCAAGUGAUGCUGGGGAUGGUCAAGGCCACUGGCGCUGCAGCACCAGAGCCCUCACCACAACCACCGCCAGCCCCCCCAUCGCAACAGCGGUCUCAAGGGGGUCCGCCUCUCCCGCAAGGACCCCCUCCCCCCCACCACGGAAGACAGCAGGAGAUGAGGGGGAGAGGAGGGGGGUAUGGUCGGCCCCACCCCUACCAGGACCAAGGCCAGCCUCCAAUGGACCCCUAUGGCCAGCCACAAUUCAUGGAUCAGGAGCCACCCCAGCAGCAGCAGCACAUGCCCCCUCGCCCGCCCUGGCAGCACCAACCAGCACCCCCACACCGCCCCACUCCCCCUCUUCCCCCAGACACCCCUAUGUACUCCCUAGACACGCCCCCGCUUCCCCCCCAUCCCCCCCCCGCUGCUGCAGCAGCACCUGGGGGUGGGGGGGGCUACAUGGAAGGUCCAUCAGGGGGACCGUUGAGGGGAAUGGGGCGGGGGGCGAGAGGGGGAGAGAUGAGAGGAGGGGAGAUGGGGGGGAUGGGCGGAGGGGGGAUGGGGGGUGGGGGGAUGAGAGGGAUGGGGGGUGGGCCAGGGUAUGGGCCAGGGGGAGGGGGAGGGGGAGGAGGUGGGGGAGGAUAUGGAAGGGGAGGGAUGCUAGAGCCGCCACUGCCAUCACCAGUUCCUGCUGCUGCUCCUGAGGUAGGUCACAUGUGUCGGCCAACUGCUCUCCUUACAUUCCUCCCGUUCCCCUUUCCUCUCGCCCCUCUCCAGCCGGUAUUGGAUGUGGAGCAACAGAAGGCCCUCCUGGCUCAGCCGGUAUUGGAUGUGGAGCAACAGAAGGCCCUCCUGGCUCAGCCGGUAUUGGAUGUGGAGCAACAGAAGGCCCUCCUGGCUCAGGCGGUAUUGGAUGUGGAGCAACAGAAGGCCCUCCUGGCUCAGGUGAUGAGUCUGACACCUGAGCAGGUGAACGCGCUCCCACCUGACCAACGCGCCCAGGUACUGCAGCUGCAGCAGGCGCUGGGCAGGUGA